ACAAGAUGGACUUGGACUUCCCACUCUCCUCCGCCUCCGACGACGAUGGCGGCGACACACCGACACCACCUGGCCGCGCCAUCUGCCACGCCGGCUGCGGGCGCCCGUCCCGCGUCUGCCUCUGCCCGCACAUGCCCCGCUCCCCGCUCCACACAUCCACCACCGUCGUCGUCCUCCACCACCCCCACGCCGUCCACCGCAACCCGCUCUCCACCCUUCCCCUCCUCGCCCGCUGCCUCGGCAACCUCCACCUCCUCCCCGGACGCCGCCUCCGCCCCUCCUCCACCCCGCUCAUCCCCUCUCCCUCCCUGAACCCCGUACUCCUCCUCUUCCCCUCACCCGCCGCCUCCGACCUCGCCUCCUGGUGCCGCUCCACGCCUCCCUCCGCACGCUCCAACCCCAUCCUCCUCAUCCUCGAUGGCACCUGGAAGCAGGCCAAGGAGAUGCACGCCGCCAGCCUCCCGUUCCUCUCCUCGUUCGUCAUCCCCGUCUCCCUGCCCGUAGACAGCGGCGUGGAAGGGGACAGCAUGUUCGAGUCGGAGCUCGUGGUGAAGAAGGAGCCGCAUAAGGGGUGCGUGAGCACAAUGGAGGCAGUCGCAAGGGCGCUGCGGCUGCUUGAGCCGGAGGGAAGCGGUGCGGAGAUCGAGGAGACGAUGGUUAGGGUUCUCAGGGCGAUGGUGGCCUUCCAGUCGGAGCAUCUGCAGCACCGUGCCAUGAAGCCGAGAGUGAAGCUGAGGAAGAAGAAAUAUAUCAAGAGGGAGGAGGAGAUGAAGAGGAAUACCUGAUUGUUGUGACUGAAUUUCUGCGGAUUUGCGUUCCUCUGUUGUUCAGAGGCCAUCACUGUCAAUCACCAAGGUUUUGGAACAGAACUUUGCUGCAACAGCAUAUGCCAAGAUGUCUAGAAUGAUCCUUUUGUGUGUUCCCCCUAAUCCAGGAAGUUUCAAUUGUUCCUUACUUGAAGUAUCCUGUCUAGUGAAUAGAACACCAUUAAAUUCUCAUUGUACUGUCGCCGAAAAAGUAUCAUUCCACUGAGUAAACUACACAGAUUGAUGAUACCAGCACACUGCACGAUCGAUAUUGGUACUGUUGCUAUGAGAAACUAAUGGUACCUUACUUGUCAAACUGGAUAAGACCAAGCUUGACAAUAAAAACACAAUGAUGUGCCCUGUUCAGUAAUUGAGAAACUGUGCUAGAGGCCUGCAUUUUUGUUCACUCGGUGCCAUGCCAUCUUUACCUCAGAAAGCAUGUAACUGUUGACCGUAAAAUCUAAGUAAGUAGAUUAACCCUCAUGAGUGCACAUAAUUGUUCUUCUAUGCAAUUCACAAAUCAGUAGAUAUCAUCAAACCCCAUUAGUUUGCUCUCAUUCGGCUUGCAUUAGUAUCCAAGUUCUUGUCCACCUUUUUUUUUUUGAGAUAGCGAUAAAGGCUUAAAUUUUCACUGCUUGGACUAUCUUGGUGCACUUUUCUGAGGACCUUAAAUCUCAUGGGGAUUACACAUGUCACAUUUUUGUCCUUCUCUACACGUCCAAUACAUCACACUAUAUUCUUUUUUAAUAUUUGACGAGAAGGAAUUUGAUUUCAUGGAGACAGACAUGAACUAGAACUCAAGAAGGAUGAUAUUUAGGGGUCUACCAUGGAAAGGUAUCAACUACCCAAAGGCACUUCUGAAGACCAAUGAUAACUAAGGAACCUUUUACACUCUAGAAUGCAAGUUCUCCAAAGGGCUUUGAGCGUCAGCGCCAUUGUCUCCAGGUUAUAGUGGGUAGAGCUGGGUUUUGAAAAGAUAAAUCUUUCUAGACAUACCAGUUAUCUCCAUGGGGUUGUGGCUCUGUCCUUUAUCCAGAAUGCACGCUCUCUCUGAUUUCAUGGAUUGCAUCUCUGCAUCGUCCGGCAUUCACCCUAGCCCCCAUGAUGUGAUCCUGGGAAGUUUUGCUCCUUCCGCCGCAUUAAGAAAUAUAGGAAUGAGCCAGUCAGAGGUGAAUUAUGAGGAACUAAGGUAGUAAACAUACAGUUGUUUGACCUGCUAUUAUGCGAAUCCCAUUUAGCUUCUCCAUUGAAAAGGGUUAGCUGGUUGCUUUUAUUGCCAAGUGUAUCUGCAAAUUUGAUCAUCUGUAUAUCUGUGGAGACUUCAGAGGAACUACUGCUGGCUUGGCAUGAACUUAUUUUAUAUAGGAAGUGUUCCUUACAUGAGAACUUAGUACCUUGGCCUCCUGCCCAUUAGUUACUCCAUGAAAACAAAGUAAUUAUUCAGAGUUUCAGACGAAAUUGCUAAUAAUAACAAGAUGGCCACUUUAUAUGUCAUGCGAUGACCACCCUAGUGUGCCUGUGUGUUGUGCAAUGUUAAAAGUGAUUUUAUUAUAGGUAAAUAAUCACAUUUUACAAAAUAAAUAAAUAUUAACCAGGUUGGAGAACUUGAUCAGCAACAGUAAUACACCUUUGGUUUC